AGAGUACAUGAAGGCGGCUUUUGACUCGGUAGACAGAGAAGUUUUGGUGACAGCAAUGAGAAAGAGAGGAGUAAGAGAGGGGCUAGUCAAGAGAUGUGGAGAGGUGCUAAAAGAGACAGGAAGUAGGGUAAGGGUAGGAAAAACGGGAGGGAAAAAGUUUUGGACAGAAAGGGGUGUAAGACAGGGGUGCCCGUUGAGUCCGUACCUGUUUACCUUGCUUUUGGCGGAUAUAGAUGAAAAAUUUGAGAAAGGAGGAUGGGGGGGAAUUGAAUUGGGGGGAAAGAAAAUAUAUUCGCUGGCAUAUGCAGAUGAUGUGGUGCUAAUAGCGAAGGAUGAAGAGGGAAUGAAAGGGAUGAUGGGUAAAUUGGAGAGUUAUCUGGAUGGGAAGAAGUUGGAAGUAAAUACGGAGAAAACAAAGAUUAUGAGAUGUAAAAGAGGUGGGGGGAGAAGGAAAAAGAUAAACUGGAGAUGGAAAGGAAAGAAGUUAGAGGAGGUAAAUAGGUUUAAAUACCUGGGGUACACGUUGCUGGCAAAUGGAAAACAGGAUGGGCAUGUAGAAGAAAGAGUAAAAAAAGGUUCGGCUAUUUUAGGACAGAUCUGGGGAAUAGGGAAAAGGAGGUUUGGAAGAGACUGGGGGAGAAGGCUAUGGUUAUUUGAUAGGUUGGUGUGGUCGGUGGUAAGUUACGGUGUAGAGAUUUGGGGAUGGAAGAGGAGAAUAGGGGUAGAAAGAUUGCAGGAGAGAUACUUGAGAUGGAUGUUAGGAGUAGAGAGAAGUGUACCAGGAUAUAUGAUAAGAGAAGAAUUGCAAAGGGAUAGAUUGGAGGGAAGAGCGGGAAUGAGAGCAUGGGGUUAUGAAAAGAAGUUAGAAGAGGGAGGAGGGGGAGAGCUGGCAAGGAGAUGUUGGAUGGAGAUAAAGAAGAAAGCGAGGGAGGGCAAGGCGAAGUCGGGGUGGGAAGUAGAAAGGAUAAAUUUCUAUAAAGAGAGGGGAUGGGAGAUGGAGGAGGUGGAGAGGCUAAGGGAGAAAGGGAAGCUAAGAGGAGAGGAGUUGGUAAGGAGAGAGAGGGAAAAGCAAAGAAAGGAAAGAUGGGAGGGAAUCAGGGAUUCAAAAUACAAUGGGUGGUAUUGGAGAGUAAAAGGGGAGGGGAUUCCGGAAUAUUUAAAAAGGAAUUGGGAGGAGAAAAGAUGGCAAAGGAUGGCAAGGUAUAGGUUAGGGGGAGUAAUGAGGGGGGGGAGAUAUUGGGAGGAGGAGGAGAGGAGGACAUGUAGGUUAUGCGGAUGGGGGGAGGAGACGUGGGAGCAUGUUUGGGAAGAGUGUAUAGACUGGGGGGUACAAAAAAGCUGGCAGGAGAUGGUGGAGGAAUUAUUAGGGGAGGAGGGGGAGGGAGAGUGGUGGAUGGAGAGGUUAGAUAGACUAAGAGAGGACAGGAGGAUAGAAGAGGAGGGAGGGGAAAAGGGAGGGGGAGAAAAGAAGGUAGAGCGCGUGUGGAUGAAUGAAUGUAAAGGAAAUAGAAUGGAAGAAAUGUACAGCGGAAACGGAGGUCCAAGUGUGAAUGGCUGUGGAGGUAUGAAUGCUCUUUCUCUCUCUCAAGCGAGUGUGAAUGUGAAUGCGAGUAGAGCGGCGGAUAAUAGUUUAAGGGAGGCGAAGAAUUAUUGUGAGCGGAGCGGAGGUCCGCUUGUACCCCGCAAGGGAUAGCAAUAAAUAUUAUUAUUAUUAUUAUUGUUUAGAUUUUUAUAAGACGGCAAUCCGCGAAAUAUUAAAACGAUUACCUUAUAAAACUGCUUUUUUCGAACAAUUAGCUUUUUUAAAUCAUAAGAUAGCUCUUUUUGAUGAUAGUAGAAUUAAAUUUAGAGAUUUAUUUUGUAUUGGUUCACAUAUAGAUUCCAUAGAUGUAACAAAAUUAGCAUUUGAAUGGAGAAUUCUGCCGUCAGUUUUUAAUGAUUUUGAGAAAAAUGAAUUAGCUUCCUUGCCGAUAGAUGAAAUGUGGAAAAAAAUUUUAGAUUUUAAAGAUCAUAAUGGGGAAAAAAUGUUUCCAAAUUUAGAGUUAUUAGUUCAUGCCGUUUUUUCGCUUCCUCACUCAAAUGCCGAAGCCGAACGAAUUUUUUCAAUAGUUACAGAUGUAAAAAACAAAAAAAGAAAUCGAUUAUCUAUUGAUAUGAUUUCCGCGCUUUGUGUAGCUCGAUCCAGUUUUCAGGCUGACGGCAUUAAUUGUUUACAAUUUGAUGAUAUUGAUUCGAGACAUUUGGAAUUACAUAAUCCACAAAAUUUAAAUUCAAAACAAGGCAGUUCAUCUGAUGGAAAUUAAUUUUUUUCAUCUAAUUUUGUGUUAUUUUUUAUUUUGUAAAAUAAAAUGUCAGUUGUGUAUAUUGAUAUAAAAUAGUGUUUUUAGUUUUAUGUAUUGAUAACUUGAAAAUUUUGUUUCUUUUUGUUCUUUUUAAAUAUCUGUUAUUGUUUAUUAUUAUUUUUUAUAGAUUUAUGUCCGUCUAGCCAACUUCUUUUUAAUGGAUGUUACAAACUUAUUUCUCUUGUAUCAAAUAUGCCACUAAUUCAUACUUUUAUGUUACAGAUUUAAUAGGCACAUAUUAUUAAUGUUAUAAUUUUAUUUAAUAUUGCCAUAUAAUAUUAAUUUGUUUUUAAUUUUAAAUUUUAGUCAAUAAUCAAAAACAUAAUAUAUAACAUUGUUAAAUUUGAAUAUUUGCUUUUUCUUAUUAUUUAUGUACAAAGUGCAAUACAUAACAUAAUUAUAUUUUAGUAUGAAAGAAUGUAUUUUUAUUAUAUGAAUACUGGUAAGGUUUUUGGCAGUUUUCCUUACCCUUGCAACAAAUGUUGGUAUUCGAUUUUUAAUAUGAUUCUGCCAAAUUAAAUAUUUUUUAUUCUUUACACAAAAA